UAGAUCCAGCGAAUCUUAUAACUGAGAGAGAGAACUAAAACCCUAAUUUACUUAUCUUCACUCUUUUCGGUUGAAAAACUCUGAAACAAAUCUCUCCUUGUAGCUCUUCGUCACCGCCACAACCUCACCUGAAUCAGAACGAUGUCUGACGAAGAGCACCAAUUCGAAUCCAAGGCCGAUGCUGGUGCCUCCAAAACUUACCCUCAACAAGCUGGAACAAUCCGCAAGAACGGCUACAUCGUUAUCAAAAACCGUCCCUGCAAGGUUGUUGAAGUUUCCACCUCGAAAACUGGAAAGCACGGUCAUGCUAAAUGUCACUUUGUUGCUAUUGACAUCUUCACUUCCAAGAAACUUGAAGAUAUCGUUCCUUCCUCUCAUAACUGUGAUGUUCCUCACGUGAAUCGUACUGAUUACCAGCUCAUUGAUAUCUCUGAAGAUGGAUUUGUGAGCCUGCUUACUGAGAAUGGCAACACCAAGGAUGACCUCAAACUUCCCACCGAUGACAGUCUGCUCACUCAGAUCAAGGAUGGAUUUGCUGAGGGAAAGGACCUUGUCGUGUCCGUUAUGUCUGCUAUGGGUGAGGAGCAGAUCUGUGCUUUGAAGGAUAUUGGUGGAAAGAACUAACUUAUAUUCUACCUAUUUGUUUUGUUGUUUGCUAUGAUCAUUUCUCUAAGCUUUCAUUUUGUUUUGUUCAAGAGAUGUGUCUUAUAGAUUCUUGUGAGACAAGUGGUGUUGAUGGAUUUUUGUUGGUUUAUCUUUUAUUAUGUUGUCCUGUGACUUCAUUAGAAACGAGUAUUUCCAUAUUGGGGUAUUUGUCCUUUAUCUUUACAAUUAUAGUAUGCACACUUUACAA